CUCUAGUACUGAGUUCAGAAAAAAGUGGAAACAUCGCACCUUAUUUAUAACUCAGGAACUACCAAGGUUAUUUAAUUUACUAGGUUCUCUGACUUUUGCAGUAAGUAGGCGUGGAGUGCGCGGUGAAGUGGUGAAGAGCUCGUUAUCUUUGUUUACAAAUAUUAGAAACAGUUUUCGGUCGUAUUUCUUAAAAUAUUAUGGUGUCUCUCUGCGCAGUUAAAAGCUUUCUAAAUAAGCGGUCGGUCAUCAAACACGGUGGAAAAAUUGUGUACCUGAAGUUUCCUAAAAACAGGGAACAAUUCAGGGCGUGGACAAUAUUCUUUGACCAUGGGGAAGGAUGGAUACCAAAGUCCAAUCAAGGUAUCUGUUCAGGGCACUUCGAGUCAAAUUGUUUUUGUUCAUUUCAAUUUGGGCAGAAUGUUCUUGAUUCCGAAAUGGCAGGGACGUUCCAAAAGCUGUGCCAAGUCUCUGCGAACCGCAACCUCUGCGAUCUGAGGCAGUCUUUGCAGUUGCAAUGGACGAUUUCCUCAACGCUGGAUCUCAUCCUGAUUUAGGAUGCAAAACAUCCAAGAUGAACGCGACCCUCGGUAUAGCUGCCAUGCCUCAGAAACUUGUCGGAUUCAGGUCAUGGGCAAAGCCAUAAAAACAUUUUUGAUCUGUGUCACAGAACUUCGGGCUUAUCCUUACAGUUUUUAAACUCUAUAAUGAUUUAAGUCUAUUCUUGUUUAGUUUAAAUAGCAGAAAAUAAAACACAAUGUAUUUUCAACUGAUUAUUAAUUAUUUAAAAAAAACUUUUACUGUAAUGACCAUCAACUU